UCAGGCGAAGACCGGGAGCGGUACAUUCCGGAAGAAGCACCGACUGAAGACAUGGGUGACUUAUCAGAAGAUCAGCUCAUCGAUUACAAAGAUGCUUUUAACCUCUUCGACAAGACCAGAGAUGAUAAAAUCUUCUAUUUUCAGUGUGGGGAUGUCUUACGAGCUUUGGGACAAAAUCCAACAAAUGCAGAAGUCACGAAAGUUUGGGGAAACCCAAAGUUGGAUGAGAUGAACACCAAGAUGCUUGACUUUAAGCAGUUCCUUCCCAUGUUGCAAACAAUCGCUAAAAACAAGGACCAGUGCACAAUUGAGGACUUCAUUGAGGGUCUGAAAGCGUUUGACAAGGAAGCCAUUGGAUGUGUAAUGGGGGCUGAACUUUGCCAUGUUCUAAUUACUCUAGGAGAAAAGAUGCAAGAGGACGAGGUGGAAAGUCUAUGA